AUCCACCAUGCUCUCCGCUCCACCUCACACAGCAGCGGUCCGAUAUUAGUCGUCGAAAUAGUUAAGUUUGCACAGUGAAGAGCCCGUGGACACAGAGGACAACAUUUAACAGACCCCCUCGUCCUCUUUGGCGUUUAUCUGGGGACCUGAAAUGGCAAAAGGGAAGACGAGCCGCAGCAAGCCCGAGGACACCGCUGAGCACAAAGUAAGCUGCAAGAGAGAGACAAAGGAAAACAAGCCGGCAAUGAACACGGAUUGUUCUUUUAAAACACAGCAGACUUUUCACAGUAUAAGGAGUCCGAACAAACCUCGAUCCCCUCUGAGUGACAACGCAAGCACGCUGAUCCAGGAAGGAAAUGGAUCUGAUAAAUCUCACACUGAGACGUCAAAGCAGAAAAAAGGUGGAUCUAAUGAAAUAAACUGUGAGCUUCAUGAGUCUAAAGCAGAGCAGAGUUCUGAAACAGCUUGUCAUGACCCCGUGUCCAGAGAGCAAACUACUGAAAAACUCAAAACGGAGGCUGCCGUGCUCACAAAGCCCAUGUCUGUAGCAGGAAGCAAGGUUUCAGUGUCCAGUGUGCGGAGUGGAGCUGGUCGCAAAGUCAGAGCGAAAAAGUCUGUACAUAAAGCAAACAUGACAGAGAAUAAAGCUUCCCAAAACAGAAAGGUCACAGACUACUAUCCCAUCAGAAGGAGCUCCAGAAAAACUAAGGCUGAACUGAAGAAUGAAGAACACAGACACCUGGAUGACCUGAUAAAGAAUGGCAUUGAAGAAGGAAUGCAGGUGAAACACAUAGAGGGAAAAGGAAGAGGAGUGUUUGCUGUCAGGGGCUUCAAAAAGGGAGAAUUUGUGGUGGAGUAUCACGGGGAGCUGCUGAGCCUGGCCGAGGCAAAAUUAAAAGAGGCCCAGUAUGCCCAGGACCCCCAAACAGGCUGUUACAUGUACUACUUCCAGUAUCAAUGUAAAACAUACUGUGUGGAUGCUACAAAGGAAACAACCCGUCUCGGAAGACUGAUCAACCACAGUAAAAAUGGAAACUGCCAAACAAGGCUUCAUGAUAUUGACGGGAAGCCUCAUCUGAUCUUGGUGGCCUCCAGGGACAUUGAAGCAGAAGAGGAGCUGCUGUAUGACUAUGGUGACCGGAGCAAAGCCUCCAUCUCCGCUCAUCCCUGGCUCAAAUACUGAAAUACUUCCACCAAAAAAAGUUAAUAUUUCAUAUGAUAAGGUGCUUCAUACACUGUAUGUAAAGGAUAUGGAAGAGCAAUUCCUAAAAUGCUCUUUUUUUUAUGAGGUGUAUUUUUCUUUUUUUAAAAUGUUGAGGCUAGAGCUACUUACGAAAAUUGUAUUUUGCAGCUAUUGUUUUUAUCAGGCUUUUAUCUAUUUGUUUUUCUUUCCUAAAUGUAGCAGGUUGAUGGUCCAACCUUAAAGUUUAUUUCUCCUGGCAGUGGUGCCCUUGGUUUUCCUUUGUAAUGAAUAUAAUUCUGACAACUCGGUGACCAACUAACUGAUAAGCUAUGCUGUAAACUGAGAAAUAAAUCUUUGUUGUAUCUUUUAAUUCUAGCUGUAGCAGGGUUAAUGGUACGCCAUUAAGAGAAUUAUACCUGAAUAUGAAAACUGGACAGGGGCAUUGAGAUGGCAUUCUCCUCCACUGAUGUCAUUUAUUGAUCCCACUGUGUUUCCAAACUGGCUGCAGUUGCUGUUGAUAAUGUUGCUGCUUUGUAUGAAAUACACAGUAUGGUGAAGGGCAACAAGUGCAACUGGAGAACAGGUUGGGAUGAAGACUAGGUCAACAUGGUUAAGACUCUUUCUGGCAUAUUUAUAUUCGUGAGCAGGAUGUGAGCCAACAGGUUGACAUUCUGUACAGUGUUCUGACAAGAAACUCACCAGAUUAAAACAAGAUGUUAAAAGA